AGUUUUUCGUGUAACAGUGACUGAGGUGUGCUGGAAAAAGCGAAAAUAGAACAACCAUGUGGCAACACCAUUGGGACGUUCUGCUCGAACGAAUAGAUUACGACUAUUUUCGGUUAUUUGUAGUGGGUACCGUGAUCUAUUCCACACUUUUGACUGCGGUUGUUUCUAGCCUUUUCCUGUUUAUGGAUCUCACUAACAGGCCAAAAAGGAUGAGAAAGUACAAAAUUCAACCGGGAACAAACGAACCGUUAAGCCUGAAUAAAUUAGUCCAGCUGAUCAUCACAGCUCUGUUCAAUUUGGUAGUGGUAGGUGCCACAUCAAUUGCCAUAUUUUACAAACUGGGCAUUUUGCUUGGUCAUAAUCCGAAGACUUUUCGAGAACUUCCAACGUUGGGAACAGUUCUGCGUGCCAUGCCUGUGUUUGUUGUGGCGGCCGAAGUGGUGUUUUACUACAGCCAUCGACUGUUGCAUUGUAAGUGUCUCUACAAACUGAUCCACAAGAAGCACCACGAGUGGAAGUCCCCGGUGGCACUAGCCGCAGUCUACGCCCAUCCCAUCGAACACGUGUUCAGCAAUCUUCUACCCAUGUUUGUGGCCGUGGUCCUGACCAGAUGCCACGUGGUGACGCUAUGGGUUUGGGUCACUAUCGCUCUGAUCGGUACCUUGCACGAUCAUUCCGGGUACCACCUACCAUGGUUGGGACCUUCCCAGGCCCACGAUUUCCACCACCAGAGGUAA